CCCUCUCCCACUUGGACACCAUUCUGCUGGACCUGUGAGCCUAAACAUACAGCAAUGAACACUCUGUGGCUUCUGUGUUCACUCGCUCUAAUGGGUGGUGUCUCCACUACGGAGGACUGUUCCUAUCAUCGUCUUCAGGAACACUUGGGUCUGUCACAGAAAAAUGAAAGCACAACAGGUCUGCGGCCUGUGGUGCACUGGACCAAUUCUACACUAGUUAUGGUAGACAUGAUUCUGUUUGGUAUUAUGGAUUUGAAUGAGAAGUCCUCAACUUUCACCAGCUAUGUCUUCAUCUCAACAGCCUGGGUGAAUUACUUCAUCGCUUGGGAACCAAAGGAAUUUUGUGGAAUUUCAAAAAUGACUGUUCCGAGAGAACGGGUCUGGAUACCAGAUAUAGGUAUCCAAGAAGACAUCUCUGAUACAAGUAGUACCAUAUUGAGCCCAUAUGUCCAGGUGCAUCAUAAUUGGUUAGCGCAAGUGAUUGACCAGCGCCGGCUAACCACUUCCUGCAAGAUGGAUCUUUAUAGGUUCCCCCUUGAUACCCAGAGCUGCAGCAUCACCUUUAAGUCCAUGAUACACAGAGCAUCAGAAAUAAAAUUGCGGGCAUUCGCCAGCACCACUGCAGUGAACCACAUAACUAGGGAGAGCAUGACUACACUGGAUGAAUGGGACUUCCUGGGCAUUGCUAUGACUGAGGAAGAACUAAAUUAUGGUGGUGAUGAAAAAUGGCAUCAGCUAAUAUACAAGAUCACCUUACGAAGGAGGCCACUAUUAUAUAUAAUCAACCUUGUGGUACCAAUCGCCUUUUUUCUUGUGUUGGAUUUGGCCUCCUUUUUCAUCAGUGAGGCCAAAGGGGAAAAGCUAGGCUUCAAAGUGACCAUACUCUUGUCCAUCUCUGUCCUAUUGUUGAUUCUCAAUGACAUCCUGCCCUCCACAGCAAACAACCUGCCAGUGAUAGCUAUUUACUGCAUCGUAAUCUUUGCCCUUACGGGCCUCAGCCUCCUGGAGACAAUGCUGAUGAGCUUCCUGAUUGAUAUGGACAGCAGGGUUGAUCAGGACGUCCAGACCUCUGCUAAGACCUGCAAAGAGACUCAAGAAGAGACUGAAUGCCGAAGAGAGCCUGAGAGAGAUGCUGAGAGUAGCCUGGAGAAGGUGGACACCUUUAACAAGAAGGACCUCGAUGGAGACUGGCUGAACAACCCCCACCUGCUGCAGCUGAUCCUAAAGGAGGUGCAGAACGUACGGCAGGAAUGGUUCUCUGUUAAUGUGAGAUGUGGCCAGAAGAAGCCUGGGUACUGGGAGAAAGUGGCCAGGCGCAUUGACCAGGCUUACUUUUGCCUUUAUCUCAUUACCACCAUUAGUUUUCUGAUAUUCAUAAGUUUCAUGUGGCUUCACUAACUGUGCACAGUGCAUUUACAAUAUAUGAGGAUUUUUAGGCUCUUUGGGUUACUUAUAUGCAUAAUAUUGGUACUUAAUGGUAAAUAAUACUGGUAAAUUCCAAUAAAUUAUUAUUUAUAAAUAGCUGUUUCCCUGCAAGACCUGUAGACUAAAGCUUUUAAUAUAUUUUACAUUUUCUUCAUUACCUAACCUGACUUAGGUUCACUUGGCUACUGCUUCUGUUGUUAAGGCUAUUGUUCAUGUCUGUGAUUGAGCUAACUGAAAUAAAUAAAUUACUAUUUGCAACAUAUUCAUUAAGUUGUUUCCAGUAGCGGUGCGUGGGAAACAUCUAUGGGCAAGCCUCCCACCAAAAAAUCAUAUUACAACCUAUGUGUUGUGAUAAUUGCGUUGUUUGCUCUAUAACCUGUUAGUUCAUGUGCCUUGCCACCGUG